AUGAAACGUCUUGCCGCAGCACGUCAGCUCGCGCCACAUGGAGUCUUGGGACCAGACGACGACACUGUCAUCUCCGCUUACGACGGAUGCCCAGAUCUGCGCGCCACGCCGUCGAGUGCGAGUGCACGUGAUCACGACAGCAUUGCAUGCUUCCUUCGACUCUGUACACCUCUCUGGGCGCAUGCAGUCGACCAGCCGCAGCAGAAUGGCAAACAACGCAGAGACAAUGCUGUUGCCUUCGUGUCCAUCCAACAUCUCACCACUCGUUCUGCCACCGCCCAUCACCACCCCACCUGCCCAUGCCCCUCUGCCCAUAUCCCUCUGCCCGAUCUAGAAGCGGGCACAGGUACCCGCAUUCGGGCCGUAGACGAAUCAUUGAUUACGUUGCCAGAAGCCCAAGGCGUUGCUGUCAAUCUACAGUUUGGAUUAUGGCUAGCCUCAGCUGUGACUGAGUCAUCACCCGUCGCUGCUGCUGAUGUCAUCGCCAAGACGGUGUUGUUCUGCAGCUGCUAUCGCGAGCCGUGA